CUGUACAAGGAAGUGAUGCGGGAGAACUACGGUCACCUAGUCUCAGUGGGUUACUGUGUGAAUAAGCCAAAUGCAGUCUUCAAGCUGAAGCAAGGAAAAGAACCGUGGAUACUGGAGGUGGAAUUUCCACGUCGGAACUACCCAGAAGACCUUUGGAAGAUUCAUGACUUAGGAGCAAGAUCCCAGGGAAGCCAAGCUGAAAAUUCAAGGAAUGGAGAACUCACAAAACACCAGCAAACUCCUGCCAGAGAGAAAAUCUAUAAAUGUAGUGAAUGUGGAAAGUCCUUCUGCCAGAAGUCUAUCCUCCUAAUACAUCAGCACACUCACUCAAAGGACAAACCCAGGGAAUGUGGGACAUCGGUCCCUAGGAAUGGAGACCUCACAAGACAACAGAAAGGUCAAGCCAGAGAGAAAACCUAUGAAUGUAAAGAAUGUACGAAAACCUUCUACCACCUGUCCUCUCUUAGUAGACACUUGAGAACUCAUGCGGGGGAGAAACCCUACGAAUGCAAUCAGUGUGAGAAAUCCUUCUACCAGAAGCCACACCUUGUGGAACAUCAGAAAACACACACAGGAGAGAAACCCUAUGAGUGUAACGAGUGUGGGAAGUUCUUCUAUGUCAAGGCAUACCUCAUGGUACAUCGGAAAACACACACGGGGGAGAAGCCGUAUGAAUGUAAGGAAUGUAGGAAAUCCUUUUCCCAGAAAUCACACCUCACGGUACAUCAGAGGACACACACAGGGGAGAAGCCCUACAAAUGUAAGGAAUGUGGGAAAUUCUUUUCUAGAAAUUCACACCUCAAAACUCAUCAGAGAACUCACACAGGAGAGAAACCCUAUGAAUGUAAGGAGUGUGGGAAGUGUUUCUACCAGAAGUCAGCCCUCACAGUGCACCAGCGAACUCACACAGGGGAGAAGCCCUUUGAAUGUAAUAAAUGUGGAAAAAACUUUUACUAUAAAUCAGACCUCACUAAACACCAGAGAAAACACACAGGGGAGAAGCCUUAUGAAUGUCAAGAAUGCGGUAAAUCCUUCUCUGUGAAUUCAGUCCUCAGAUUACAUCAAAGGACUCACACAGGAGAGAAACCCUAUGAAUGUAAGGAGUGUGGGAAAUCCUUCUCUCAGAAGUCACAUUUUAUCAUACAUCAGAGAAAACACACAGGGGAGAAACCCUAUGAAUGUCAGGAGUGUAGGAAAACUUUUAUCCAGAAAUCAAAACUCACUGCCCAUCAGAAGACACACACAGAGGAAAAAAGCUUAUAAACAGCAUGAAUUGGGAACUUUUUUCUGAGUUCAUCCUUCAGAAUAAUCAGAUAAUUCACACAAGA